GCGAGCGGGGCCGAGCGGGCGGGGGGCGGCGGGCAGUGCGAGCGGGGCGGCUGCCGCAGCCCCCCGUGUUCCGGCCUGGCCAUGGAUUUCCACAACAUUCUCGUGAUGGCCUCGGAGCAGCAGGGGCUGAACGCGGUGCCGAAAAGGUACAGUUUGGCUGUUGGUCCUCCCAAAAAAGUUCCCAAAGUCAAAGGUGUAGAGUCUGCAGCAGUGCAAGCUUUUCUCAGGCGGCAAGAAGAAGAAAAGAGAAAAAAAGCACUGGAAGAAAGAAGGAAGAAAGAGCAGCUCUUGGCGAGGCGUAUUGAACUGAAACAUGACAGAAAGGCAAGAGCUAUGGCCUCACGAACCAAGGAUAAUUUUUAUGGUUAUAAUGGUGUUCCUGUUGAAGAGAAGUCUAAAAAGAGGAGGGCUUGUGAGAAUGUUGCUCAGGCCCCAGAGGCUGAGUAUGCAACAGAAGAUGAAACUGAGCAACUUGAAUACAGUCAGACAGAAUCUGAGCAUGAGCAAGAAGAAUACGAAGAGAAACCAUCCAAAGCUGCAGUGAAACCAAAGGCACCUCCCAAAAGUGCACCUGCACCUCUGAACUUUGCAGAGCUCUUGAGGCUUGCUGAAAAGAAACAAUAUGAACCAGUGGAAAUAAAACGAGUGAAAAAAGUUGAAGAGAGGCCCAGAACAGCAGAGGAAUUGAGAGAGAAGGAGUUUUUGGGACGCAAAAACAAAAAAGUAGAAAUGCAUAAGAAAAGUGAGAAAGAGAUUAAGCCUACAGGGAUAUCUAGUUCUUCAAAAAAACUGUCUUCUCAAAAAGCAUCUGUAAACACAAAACUUAAUAAAAGCUCCGUAGAAAAACAUUCCACAUCUAAAAGCAGUUUGUCUCUUUCUAUGGGUAGUAUUGAUAAGAAAUCCAAAGCACCAGCAUUGACUGAAAAACAUCCACGGUCAUCAUCAUCUUCCAGACUUGAUCAAAUGGAAAAAACCUCACAAAAUGGUUCCUUAAAAAGCUCUACUGGUAGCAGUCAUAAUAAAUUACCUGUCAAUGGUAUUAGAAAGUCUGGCUCAAGCUCUCAGGUGCCACCCUCAAAACCCACGGCCAACGGGGCUCAGAGAAUGCCAUCUGUGAAAGAAUCCAGCCUGAAAAAGCCUGCCCAUGAAAAACCAGGAAAAGCUGCAGCUCUUCAACCUGGAAUCAACUCCAAUGCAAAGCGAUCGGGCAGCAGCUUAGGAAAAGGAGGACCUGGACAUCCCGGUGGCGGUUCAGGUGCAGGACCGGGACGAUCAAGCAGCAAUUGUGGCGUGGGACCAGGAAGGCCAGGAAGUGCUUUAAGCUCAGGACCCGGGCGACUGGGCAGCAGCUCAGCCACGGGACCUGGGAGGCCUGGCAGCAGCUCAAGCACAGGACCUGGGCGACCGGGAGGUGGCUCAGGCGUGGGACCGGGAAGGCCGACGGGCGGCUCGAGCACGGGAGCUGGGCGCCCGGGCAGCAGCUCAGGCGUGGGACUGAAGCGCCCGGGCGGCAGCUUGGCCACUGGGCCGGGGAGGCCGGGCAGCAGCACAAACGUAGCACCGGGGCGAGCGGGCAGCAGCCUGGGAACAGGACCAGGAAGGCCAGCAAUCAGUCCAAGCACAGGAGCCAGGCAGCCAGGCAGCAGCUUGGGCACUGGCCCAGGGAGGCCAGGCAGCAGCACGAGCGCAGCAGCUGUGCGACCAGGCGGCGGCCCGGGCACAGCUGGGAAACCCAAGUGUACUGUCGUGUCAGAAACCAUUUCUUCUAAAAACCUCGUCACGAGACCUAGCAAUGGACAGAUGAAUGGAAUGAGACCUUUUCCAGGGCAUAGACCUGUGCUGCAUCCACAAGGUCUUGGAAGACCACCUAUUAGUUACAAGAGACAAAUAGAUGAUGAUGAUGAUGAUGAAUAUGACUCUGAAAUGGAUGAUUUCAUUGAAGAUGAAGGGGAAUCUCAAGAAGAAAUAUCAAAACAUAUUCGGGAAAUAUUUGGCUAUGACCGGAAAAGGUACAAAGAUGAAAGUGAUUAUGCCUUACGUUAUAUGGAGAGCAGCUGGAGAGAGCAACAGAAAGAAGAAGCUAGGAGCUUGAGACUCGGUGUCCAGGAAGACUUGGAAGAGCUGAGACGGGAAGAAGAAGAGCUGAAACGCAAGAGACAGUCCAAGAAGCUGAGGACGCGCUAAGUGACUCACGGUGUUGGCUUUGUUCGUGUUUCUGCUCCCCUCUGCCUCCAUACAUCUCUUAUUCUAUUUCAGUUCCCAUUUGCUUGUUAGCGGGCAAAAGAAUAUUUAAAGGGAUUAAAGUACUGAAAAGCAAGGCUUUAGCUUGACUUAAAUAAGAUAUUUAUUUUUAAUACUUGCCAGGGUUGUUUUUUAAUGAAGAAAUUAAUGCACUAAUGCAUAUUAAAUGGAAUAAAAUUAAUAGAUGUUUCCAUUGAUUAAACCAGUUCAAGAUGCCAGCAGAAAUAUUGACUAGCUAUGCACUGACUUGGAACUGUGUGGGCCACGUACCAGUAAACCAAUUUUGCAUUCACUUGAAAGAAAGGAAUAGCAUUCUUGUUCCCUGAUAUUUCUUGAGACUUGGAGAGAUUGCUCUGUAUCCUGCCCCAUCUCCCAACCUGAGCCUCAAAGUGUUAAAAUGUCAUCUUCUGCACAGCAGUAGCUUGGGUGUAAAUUCAACCACAGCCCACAGGUGUUUAAGGCAAUAAAGUGCUGCAGAUCUUUAGAUUUGAGGACCCAUAAAAAUAA